AUGGAUCACCUCAAAAAACUAUAUCAUGAAUACUGCAAGAGUUACAAUGUUGAACCAAACGAACUUUUGCUCGGAGAAAUUCAAAAAGUGUCAGCUGAUGAUAAUAAAACAAAAAGUUUAAAUUUAUCCUCAUUCAACAUUCCCGAUACUCAAUGUACUGUUCUCGGAAAACUGUUAUUUAUUAUUUCUCUUCAUUGUUUUAUCCAUUUAUUAGCGCUACAAGCUCUUCUACAUGGCUUAUAUACAAAUACAACGUGUAAGACACUUGAAUUAAAGGGAAACAAUAUUCAUGGUGGAGCAACAGAAGCUUUAGCAAAAUUAAUGAGAAAAAAUAAAACAUUAAGAAAUUUACGUCUUGAAUGGAACCAAUUAGGACAAAUGGACACACCAGCAUUUAGUGUUUUUUGCGAUGCAUUAGCUGACAACAAAGGUCUUAUUGAAUUAGAUCUACGAAACAAUAGUAUCAGUCAUGUAGGUGCAUCUGAACUAGCAUCGGCGCUCAAACGAAAUACGACUCUGCGUAUGAUAGAUUUACGAUGGAACAAUGUAGGUUUAAUUGGUGGUCGAGCACUAUUGGCUGUUUGUGAAUCGAAUUCAACACUUACUGAUAUUCAACUAGUUGGAAAUAAUAUUCCUGAUGAUAUUAUGCAGAGUAUCGCUAAUGCUUUAGUUAAAAAUGAGGAAAGGCGUCAAACAAAUUUUGGACAUUUACAAAAUAUGUCAGUUUUAACACGACAAUUGCAAAAUGUUCAAAAUGAUAAAGAUCGACAAAUAACUACUGUUCUAACACGUAUGUCAUUACAAGAACAAGCGAUGCUUAAAGCAAAUAGAUCUCUUGCAGAAAAAUUAAAAAAACUACAAGAAGCACUAGACGAUAGGAAAUUAUCAUUUAAUGCAUUAAGUGCUAAAGUUUCUCUUUUGGAAGCUGAUUUAACUGUUGCCUCACAACAAUACAAUGAUGCACAGAAUGAAAUAAAAAAAUUAGAAAUGGAAAAAGAACAAUUAGUGCACAAAAUUAGACGAGAAUGUAAACAAGAAAAAGAUGAACUUAUGGAUAUUCAAGAAAAAUUAAAUCGUGAAAUACAUGAAAAUUUAGACACACAAAGACGUUUAACUGAGCGUGGACAUGAUUUAGAACGAAAAUGUGAACAAUUACAAUCGACUGUUCAUGAUCUUAGAGAAACUAUAGCAUUAAACGAUCGUGAUCAUCAGUUAAAACAAUCAACAUUGGCUGAUGAAAAUCAACGUUUAAAAGCAAAACACAAAGAGGAAUUAAAAGAUUUUGAAUUAAUAACAACACGUGAUCUUCAUCGAUUGAAAGAAGAAUAUGGAACGAAUGAACAAAUAUUAAAAGAUCAAUUAAUAAAAUUAGAAACAAUACGGUCAACAUUAGAAAGAGAAGUUAAUUCAUUAAAAUCAACAAUAUCAACACAAAAACUAAAUUUUGAAGAAAAUACUCAACAUGAAAAACUUCGUAUUAAAAAUGAAGAAGAAAAAAAACAGCGAGAAUUAGAAGAUCGACUACGAGCAAUUACAACAUCAAAAGAAGAGUUAGACUCUCGUUACAAUCAACAACUACUCACAAAUCGUGAAUUACAACAAAAAAUUGGUUUUCAAUCAGUUGAAAUAGAAACAUUUAAAAGACAAAUUGAAUCUGUUCAAAUGACAAUUAUGACAAAAGAUACAGAAAUUUUAGAAGGACGAGAAAAAGCAAAAACAGAAUAUGAAAAAAAAUUACGUAUUAUUCAAAGAGAUAUUGAUACAAAUGAAGAAUUAAAAGAUAAAAUUAAAAAAAUGGAAAAUGAUUUGAAAGAUCAACAACAUUCCGAUCGUCAAAUAAUUCGUGAUUUGGAAGUUCGAAUUGGUGAAUUACAAACAACACUUAAUAAACGGGAUCAAGAACUAAAUCGCUUAAGACGUGAAGAAGAUCAACGUUUAAGUUAUUUACGAACAGCUUUACUCGAUUAUAUUGGUAAAGGCAAAAGUGAAACAUCAUAA